GGGAGAGCGAUCACGCGUGGACCGGCGUGGUGAAGUAUGGACAAACCACCUGUCAUCCCCCUCCUUAUCAGUGCCCCACCUCAUCACAGACCCAACUCAGACCCUAUCGGCCACCCCGUGCCCUCUUAAAUCUCAACGUUCGUCCUGCAACGUCCCAUCGCAAGGAGGAGAAUCACAAACAAAGACAUUUUUUUUUUAAUUGUUGUUUUGCUCGUAUUGAAACGGCUUUACCAUCAUAUGGACCUAAACAACUCAAUUAACCUGUUACAAGAAUACGGGGUAAUCCGUAUGGGUUGACAGGUGUGCGGUGUGGACAAGACCACGCGGUGAAAGGUCCUCAUCCAGCAGGGCAUUGAAACAAAAAACACACAACAAAGGCUUAGUAGGGCAGUCUUAAGUAAAUCGUAAAAAACGACGAAGUAUAACGCAGCCUACAACCAUCACCCCCCCAUAGUCAUCAACUUGCUCGACCGCACGAACUCCCUCCGUACAAAGGAUGGCGUGUGCAGUGGCCACCCCGGUUUUGGAGCCAAGCGGGGACUUCCCGGCGUGGCUGGAGGCGCAGGGCGUUAACGAAGAGGUGGCCCGGGCCAUGGACUCGGAGCUGGGCAUCCGGGACUACGGGGUCCUGCGCGCCUGCGUCGGGGAUGGCCUCGUGAGGGCCGAGUUGCUGGCCACGGCGCGCGACCGCCUGCCCUUCGGCUUUUACGCCGUGCUGCGGCAGGUGGUGAAGACCCUGCGGGGUGCCGAUCCCCACGACGCUGGGACGCCGUGCUGGGACGACGCCGCCGCUUUCUCCGCUAGCGACGUGACUCUGGGAGGCCUGGUGGACGUGCUGCUCGCGCUGUUCAGCGGCUUGAGCAGGGAGCUGAUGUUGUCCGUACAGAGGCUGGGAGCUAUAGAAGGCCCUAGGACAUGCUCUGAAGCAUCCUUUCCACCUGCCACUGACAGCAAGCCCGAGAUCGUAAUUAAAGUAGAAGAGGAAUACUGCCGUGGAUGUGACUCGCCCACAGCCGACUCCAGCUUCAUCCCUUUCCAGACGAGCGGCGAGAUGCAAUUGGAAGCGUGCGACAGCAAGGAUAAAGGAUCCCCAGGGGAAGACCCCGGCAUCUUCAUUCAAGCCGUGACUUCGCUGUACGAGCGAGUGGGGCUCCCCUGCACCGCCAAACCUGGCCCACCCUCGUCACCACAGCAGGACUCUGCAGUCGAGCUCAAAAGAGAAAUAUCAACUGUUCCGUUCGAGCACACAUCUCCGGCAGUGGCAGAGGGAUCAACAUCAUCGCUCCGGGGAACACCGUUGCCCCGACUAAACACCGCGAGUCAGGAUAACGAGGAACAGCAGCAGUGGAACGAAAGCAGUCUGUCGCUUGCACAUGGCACGAUUGGACCAUGCUUCCCAAAGUUGAGCAACGCUCGGUUCGUUUUAAAUAAACGGACCGUGACGCCGUAUCGAUGCGAGCAGUGCGGUCGUGGCUUCUCGCAGAGCGGCUCCCUCGAGCGCCACCGGCUCACACACGCGACGGGGAACCCGCACGGCCGCAACGCGUACGGACGCACAUUCCGGAGCCGCUGCCGGAAGACGCGCACGCGCGAGAUGGGAGACUUGUGCCAGUCGGCGCACAUGCAGGAGAGUCCCUUCGAUAAAUCUCAAUCCUGGUCGUCCCAGCUGAGAGAGCACCUUCACACGGGCGAGAAGCCGUACCGCUGCGAGGUGUGUGGGCAGGCGUUCGCGCGGGCUUUCUCGCUCAAGAACCACCUGCGUGUGCACACAGGCGAGAAGCCCUACCGGUGUGGCGUUUGUGGCAAGACGUUCUCGCAGCCCGCCACGAUGAAACGACACCAGCACGUGCACACGGGCGAGAAGCCCUACCGGUGCGACGCGUGCGGGAAGACGUUCUCGCACACCGCGACGCUCAAACGGCACCAGAGCAUACACACGGGGGAGAGGCCAUACGUGUGCGAGGUGUGCAACCGCAGCUUCGCCCGGGACACCACCUUGAAGAGCCACCAACGCGUGCACACGGGUGAGAAGCCGUUCCGCUGCGAAGUGUGCGACCGAGCGUUCUCGCACCCCACUACCCUCAAGAACCACCAGUACGUGCACAUGCAGGGCAAGCAGCACCAGUGCGAAGUGUGCGGCAAAGCUUUCUCGCGAGCCACCACUCUGAGGAAACAUGAGCAAACGCACGGGUUACCGUCCGGACAAAUGAUGCAGAUCGCCGCCGCCCCAGAGUUUAGCGGGCUGAUGACCUAGUGGUUCGCGGUCCGGUGGCGGUGCAGAGUUUUGGGUGUAUAGGCAGUGCGACUGUAAAUGAGGCCCAGGGUCCAAAGGUAAAGGGCCUAGGCACUGAGCUAUGAAGAGGGAGAGAAAGUUGAAGGAGGCCCCAAUUUAUUUCCUUGCACCAGGGCAAGUGCCGACCCCGCUGUGGUACAUCUGGUAAAGAGUGGAGAGAGGUGAGAAGACUGGACAAGGCGGAGGUUCAGCAUAUACAUGUAGAUAGAGAAUGUUUCCUGAGGAGAGGAUUGUCGCAACAAUUAAGUGACUUAUGGAGGAAGGUUCAAAUGCAUCGGAGUAUAAAUUAUUAUUUAAAAGGGAAGUUACAUUGUUUGCCUAGGGCACCUUUAAUGUAAAGACCAGUCCGGACAAGACAAGACUCAAAUGUUUUGGCUGGUAAUAUUAUUUAUCACCCCCCCUACUCCGCCUGUUAUUUUGUACACAAAGCACUUCUCUUCUAAAUCAAAGGUUGUGGUCGGCUGCUCAGAUUGUCUUUAUCCAUGUGCGUUAAUUCUUUGCCUCUUCCCCACCUGUCAUAUCUCAUUCCACCCUUCAAUCUCACCCCCGGGCUCCCCUUUCCCUGUCCUGCACAGGUGGCGUACAUCUUCAUAGCCCUUAUACACCAAAACCUUGCCCAUCACGGGGGUUACCUUCUUGAAAAUAGCUGCAAUCGGCAAAUCAGCGAUCCUCAAACUCGAAGGCAUAUGGAAAAAAAAGGGUUUGGUUCACUGUUCGUGUUGCGACACCUCGUCAUUUUGUUUUAUUUGACUCUGCAUUAACCUAAAAAUGAGGUCAAUGACAUGUACAGUAAAUAUGCAGUUUAAAAAAGAAAAAAACGCUUUUUAUUAUGAUUGAUGAUGAUUGCACAUUUAUUCUGCAUCGCUCGCUUUCAGAUGCGCUUUUGUGGCCGUCUGGAACGCUCUUCUGAUAUUAGGAAUCUAUAUUCAAAACUUAUUUCAUUAAAACUGCUUUUUGUGUUUAGUUUGUUGUACUUCCCCCGCAACCGCGAUUAGCACAGUUGGCUACGUAUGGUGUGAAAGAAGUUAAACAUACAAGAAUUCCUCUACUUACGAACGAGUUAGGUUCCAGAGGUCUGUUCGUAAGUCGAUUUGUUCAUGAGUCCAACUUUACGCCUAUUGAUUCCAAACAUGUUGUACGACAUGUACACUAAACACGGGGAAUCGCUUUAAAAGUUGUAUAAUCUCCUGUAGACGUAGAUGCCACUGAUUCUUCAUGUUUUGCAGAUGUAAAUGCCACCAUCUAUUGCGUGGCGGUUGAGCUUAUAACUCUCGGUCCGAACAGGCGACUGGUCAUACGGACAGGUUUGUUCGUAUCUCUAAAAGUUCAUAGGUAGAGGAGUACCUGUACAUACAUUCUUCCGUAGCAGCAUCGUUAGCAGAGUGCAGUUGGAGCACAGUACUUGGGUACGAUGCAUACUGUAUAGGAAUCUCACACUCGAGCGUGAAUGGUCGAGAACCCAAGGAGCUCCAUCGGCGAACGAUACCUCAACGAAAUUGACGCGAAUGGUUAAAUCCACGAUGGCAAAACCCGCGAUGGAUAAGGUUUUUGUAUAAUCAGAUCUGUAUUGUCUCUUCUGAACACAUACCCGAACCAUUUAGGUCUGGCCUCCCUCGCCUUUUUGAAAAUAUUCGUAGCCUUUACUUUGGAACCUGUUAAUGUCCUUCUCAUCUGCACCUCUGAUUACCCCGCACCUCAGAUUAGCACGGUUGGCUACGUAUGAUGCGAAAUAAGUUCACCAUACCUACAUGCAUACAGAAAUCCCAAUAUCCAUCUCGGCAUUCUCAUCUCUAUCCUUCAAAGGUAUCCUUAUUGUUGUCUUCCUGAGUGCCCACGUAUAACAGCACUACUGGUAUCGCUGUGCUGUAUAUUUUCUUUUCACUUUUAUUUGCAUUGGUCGUAUCGUAUACAAUUCCUGAAUUGUCUGUUUCCAUCCUAAUAAAUGUAAACAUACAAACAUUUUUAUGUUUGGCGCUGAAUACGAUAUAAUGCAUUGUGGAAAGUGCUGUUCAGGGUGAUCCAGAUGUCUAGUGACCCCCCCCCCCCAAUUAAUUGACCCCGAACAUAUUUUUCCUUUGCCUCUAUUUAUGUUUUAAAUCAACAUUACGUAAAAAUUUUUUACAUUUUUGAGAAUUUAAUGAGAGUCACAAGACAUUUGGACCACCCUUUAAAUUUCUAUUUUCGAGUCACUUCUCAUAUUGACGCUCUUUCUUUAAGGUUCAUUCUGAAUGGGUGUGAAUGGACGUCACAAUAAAUGCAGUAUGUACAUGAUUGUCUCGUGGGUUCCUCACUUUGGAAUAUAAUCGUCAGCCAUGGUCUAUCCACUGCUUGACAAAGGCAUGUCAAGCUGCUGCGGUGCUAUAAUCCAUCUCCCUUUCAGCAGAUGGGCUAAUCUAAUUGCUCCAUCUCCGCGAUGGUCGUCCUCAGGGACGUGUUCCCUCACUUGACUCUUAAGCGGGGUUACCCGGCAAAUUUAUCCUAUUAUCCGCAAGUCUUCACCCCCGUUCGUUUUCCCACGACAUGGGCGAAUUCGCAAGUUUUCACAGGUAAUUGAAGUUCGUUGGCAAAUCGAUCCGAUUACACUGGUCUACACAUUUUUAGACGUCGUCUGCUUCAGAG